AUGUUCACAGUAAAACUACAACAAACGCCCGAGCAUUCGGAGUCGGAAGACGUGCUUGAACAGCGUGAUAUUCGCGCUUUUUCUCGCGUAGAUAGCGAGCCGACAAUAACGAAUCCGGAUGCCAUACUAAACCCUUCAGUAAACCUUCAUUCGAGUUCACUCAUACACUCAUGGUCUCGUGAUCCGACACCAACACCCUUUUCGUUACAGCCCUCUAUGAGUGUGGAGGCAGAAGCUUUUUCUCAUACGCCAGCUGUUUAUCUCAAGUUUGAAAAACACGUCGUGGAAAACUUUGGGUAUCUACCAAAAGAGGUUGAAGAAUUAUUGCAUACUACUGAGGUAUAUGACGGCGUUCUAAAUUGGACCACGGGUCAUGCCGCAGUGUUCACCUUGACUCACUGUUACCUUUGGGAUUACAAAAAAGAUCAUGAUAAGCAACCUCUUAAGCGACCCGAUACUGUUUAUAAGUUCCAAAUGCCUGUCUGUGGAAAUGAACCGCUCGACUCAAACGAGUCUCAUUACAAUCUCCCAUUGGUUUGUAUUAUACCUUCGGUCGAAGGAUCCAAGCCAGGAUUGUUGGCAUGUACUCCACAAGGGGAAUUUCGCUAUUGGGAAGAUAUAUCAUACGCAAUGACAGAGGCCAAUAAGUAUAAGGGGUUACAGUUACAUCUCCAAGAUGGAGAUCGAGGAACUUAUCUGGCGUGUCAUGAGACCAAAAGAUCACCACGAGAGAAUUGGGCGAUAAUUUUUGGAACAGAGCGUGCAGCCUUGUAUCGUAUAAAUGUUUGCCAGUCCGAUGGAAAACGCACGCUUGAUUAUACGUUAUUCCCUCGGCCCGGGGGAAUUAUAUCGCAAAUAAGCUCCUACAUUUGGCAAAAUGGGGCAAUUAAUGGAAAUUACGGCGGAAUUGUCUCAACAACAUUAGGUGCUAAACUCGGAAAGAGCUUUGUCAGCGAAGCGUACGUGUUGCUGGAAAAAUCAUUGGAAAAAUGGGAUCUUCCCGUAACGCGUAGUUCUUCUCCAAAGUAUUUAUCGGGAUAUGAUAUUUAUAAAUCCAUUGUACAAGAAAUCCGUGUUAGUGAUGGAAGCUUUGAAAUAGAAGAAGCAGAAGUCAGAUUACUGGAUUUAGAAUAUGCGAGAAGUGGGGAAUUGGUAAUUCUUCUGUCAAGUGUUCCAACUUCAAGUCAAAUGGACUUUGAAACAAUGAGUACAUCAUAUUACUUGAUAUUAUUGAACACAUCUGAACAUGCUUUUGAUAGCGUACAAUACAAGAUAGUUAGAUGUCUACCUUUAAAGGUUCAAAGUAACAUUUCUCUCGGACCACAAGCGUAUUUAAUAAUGCCUAAUGGUGGUCCAGCAGUUUUUGUGGUUUUUCCUCAAGCCAUAUUUCUUACAACAAUAAUCAAAGGUGCCAGUUAUAAUAACAUUAUAACAAUGCGAGAUCCAAUUAAUGAUAAUAUAAUUGGUUUUUGUGCGGAGGGUUCCAAGUCAGGACCUUCCAAAGAUAAGGACGAUAUUAUCAGUCAAAUUCAUGUCUUAACAACAAAAACUGGUAUUCUGUCUUGUCAACUAAACAUUGCGGAAAUUAAAAGAUCGCUUCCACAAAAUCAGUAUAAUGAAAUGGACAUAGAAGAUUCACAGGCGAAAAUAAACAAAGAGUUGAAAUUUAUAUUGGAACAGGCAGUUUUUCUUACGAGUGAUAAUAAUGUUCCAGUAGAAUGUACUUUAUCACCAGAAUUCAGAGGAGAUAUUAAUCAAGUUGUCGUUGAUAUUAACGAAGAAAUCCUGGACUUUCGGUCUCAAUAUUUGGAUAGUUCGAAUGAUUUGAAGGUUCAUCUUAGCGAAAGAUGUAAUAAGAUGACUGCACUUGUUCAAUUCAUCAACAAUAGUGGUAUCAUGAAUAAACUGUACCUUCCUACAAAACAACGAUUAUUUUGGAAUUCAGAAAAGAUGACAUGUGCAAGAAAGUUGUGGGAACAUUAUGACACAUCUUAUGCUCGAGAUGGUUCAGAAGAGUCUCAUCGUAAAUUGAUGGUCAGUGCAAUUAGUGAUUAUAUUCAGGAUCGCGGAAUCAAAAUAGUGCCCAGCGAAGAUUUUGUCAGAUUUUUCUUCCGUUUUUGUAUUCGAGAUUUUAGUAGUAUUUUCACUCAUAUCCAACGAAUUACCGAAAAUAUCUCUGAUCCCACUGCGCGAAAUACAGCAGUAUUUGAAUCAAAUGCAAUUAUACUGCUUGCUUUUGAAUCAGCAUUUGAUUUUCGAAGAAAUAACAAGAAUCUAUACGCAAUAACGACGAAUGAUUCUAAAGAAUCCUGGACAUUUCAACCUGAACUUUUAAAAGUUCUUCAUCAGCAAUUUGAAGAUACUGACGCUGUCAUUAGAAGCUAUAUACUUCAAGAUUCCAACAAAGGACCCCAUUCGCUUAAUAAAGGUGAAGAUACCCAGCAGCAGGCUCAGAAAGUUGAAAAGCUUAAGGAUCAAUUAGUCGGAUUAGCAGAUCUCUUUUUUGGAAUAACUGCUCAACGGUUAUAUUGCGAUGACAUCGUCGAGAAAGAUUACGCCAAAGGAUAUCAUGAUCAAUGGACAGAUGUGUUAAAGAAACUAGUCCUCAAUGGAAGGAACGUGAGAGCAUUGGAACUUGGUGAAACUUACGAAGAUUAUAAAUCUUUAGUAGUUUUGAUAAUGGAAUCGGAUUUAAAUAUUGAUGAACUUACUGAAGCAUACAUGAGGAAAUAUAAAGAAAAAUUCGCUUAUGUGUUAUAUGAAUGGUAUCUUGAAAAAGAACGAUACGCGGAUUUGUUGAGUCAACCUCAUGCAUUAGAACACAAGGAAUGGCUUCAGUCAUUUUUAAAAGGACGAAAUUUAAGAGGAAUUUCUUGGAUUCAUGAUAUUAAUAUGGGUGAAUAUGAUGAGGCUUCCAUCAAAACUCGACAAUUGACUCUAAAAGAAAAACGAAUUGAGAAUAUAGAAACGUUCCUUAGUGUGAGUAAGUUGACUUAUCUAGCAGGAUUGAAAGAUGAAGUGGAUAUUCAAAACGAAGAGGUGCAAAAUACUCUUGAAGAAAUCGAAAAUGGAUUCGAACUCGUUUACGCCUAUAAAGAGAUUCAGAAACAAUUUGUUGACGUUAUCCUUGCGUCAAACAAGUCAAACGUUGACGAAAAUGAACAAGCAAUUGCGGUUGCUGAGAAAAUUAUUCCGGGUAUUUUAGAAACAAGGCCGUCCCUGGCAAAGUUGUUCAUACAAUAUGUGCCAUGUAUUUUACGAGAAGUAAAAAUUUCAACAGAAGAAUUUAUAGAAGUCAUGACUCUUAGAAAUUACAAGGAGAAAGAUGAUUUUCCUUUUGCAUUGCAAUUUGCUUUAAAUGAUGAAACGUUGCCCGAUGAUCGUCGACGCGCAUUAGUGCAAACCAUUUGGCGAAGGAUUUACAUUAAUGACAGGUGGGACUCUAUAUCAAACACAAAUAACAUGUCUGAUGAUGAUAUAAACGAACGAAUCAAGGACACUGUUUUAUAUCACACUUUGGAAAUUAUUAGUACAAGAACUGAUAUGCCGUUAUAUCAGUGGUUUAGUCCUCCCAGUGGUGCUUUCUUUGCAAGUACCCCAGAACAACUUUUAAGAAGAUUUCCAACGUUUAACCAAGAACAAAUAGGAGGACUAAUUGAAGAUUACAAGAAAGAAAAUCAGGCACUUGAAAGUAUUAUUCAACAAUGUCUAUUAAUUUCUCAUGUAGAACACGGCCUGAGAUUAUUGGAUUUAAGAUCUUCAUUCGAUGCUAGCGAAGAUCUGCUUGAUCCAAUGGAAGUUGUAGAAGAUAACACUUAA